AUGUAUCACUAUUCAAAGCUUAGGUCUGAGGACUCGGGUUUCCGGCUCUUGAGGCUACUUAAAGGGAGUGAUCCUGAACUCGAAUGCGAGCUCUCCCUGCAGUCACUGCAAAACGCACACCCUCCAUACGAAGCUCUUUCCUACACAUGGGGUAGCAGCGAGCUAGUCGAGUGUAUCAAACUGGAUGGAAAGACAUUUUGGGUAACGGAUAACCUACAUGCGGUGUUGCAAAAUCUGCGGCUGUGCGAUAGGGAUCGCAUUCUGUGGAUCGACGCUAUUUGUAUAAACCAAGAAGACAAGGUGGAACAGAGUCAACAAGUUCAGCAGAUGGGGCAGAUAUACGAAAAGGCUGAGAAAGUUCUCAUCUGGUUGGGCAAGGCGACGCCGCAAAUUAUCUCCUUGAUGGAAAGACUCAACCAAUUUCGAAACGCUGAUGCUAGUUAUCACUACAAUCCAGAAACGUUCAAAGACUGGAAUUGGAAAGAUCAUUCUAUGGCAAUAAAGCAAAUUUUGAACCGAGAAUGGUUCACAAGGAUCUGGAUCCUACAGGAGGCAGCCAAAGCCCGUAGAGCCGAUGUCUGUUGCGGCGUUCGAUCCAUUCCAACUGAAAUUUUUGUCCUCGCGCUCUCCUUUGUGGAGCUAAAGUUUCCACCGCACUGCCAACCUAUACUGGACAUAAUGGCAAAGUCAUUCCGGUCAAGUUCCUGGUGGGCACAAACACGCGACUUACGAACCCUUCUGCGCAAGUUUCAUGGGAGCAAAGCAACCGAUGAGCGCGACAAGAUAUAUGCCCUGCUUGGUAUGUCUUCGUAUCUAGAGGACCCGAAGAAUAUUGCGAUAGACUACCUGAGACCAACCUCCCAAGUUGUUCGCAAGGUUAUUACAUAUUUGCUG